UGUGUGUGAGAACAAACAUAACCUAACCCUUAUUAUUGAAUUGAUUUAAAAAAGUUACUUCUUACUAAGUAAUUUCCUCGUAAAUAUAUUGAGUAUGUCUAUGACUUCAAUAUUACAACGAAGUAUUAAUUCAUGCAUGUUUUCAAUUAUUUGACUUGAUUCUUAAUCGGUCUGGUCCAGGUGAAAUAAUAUAGGGUACAUUGUUUGUUUGAAGGGAAAUCUACUAACUUACACCAGAAAUGACGGAAACCCAAGCAAAUCAAAGAAAUACUAAUAUUUCUUCUGCGUUGACAUUUAAUAUUCUAGCAUGCUGUAAUAUGUCAAUGGCAAGGACAGCGAUAAUGAAAUUACCACAUUACGAUGUGGAAACUCCAGUUUUCAUGCCAGUAGGAACACAGGGCACAUUAAAAGGACUUCUACCAGAACAGUUGAAGGCACUGGACUGUCAAAUUAUGCUUGGGAAUACUUACCACUUAGGAACUCGCCCAGGCCCAGAGUUGAUCAAGAAGGCAGGUGGAUUACACAAGUUUAUGGGUUGGGACAGAGCUUUGCUGACGGACUCUGGAGGCUUUCAAAUGGUGUCACUGUUGACUCUAGCUGAAAUCACUGAGGAAGGGGUCAAGUUCAAAUCACCUUACACAGAAGACCAGGAGCUAAUGUUAAGCCCUGAGACUUCAAUAAAAAUCCAAAAUGCAAUUGGUGCAGACAUAAUCAUGCAAUUGGAUGAUGUGAUAAAAACUACGUCCACAGGACCUCGGGUGGAGGAAGCCACAUACAGGACUACAAGAUGGUUGGACCGUUGUCUUGCCGCCCAUGAGAACCCUGGCACACAGAACAUCUUCCCCAUCGUGCAAGGAGUUCUGGAUGAGCGACUCAGAGUCGAGAGCGCCAAGCAACACGCACAGCGCGACGUCAGGGGCUUUGCUAUCGGUGGCCUUAGUGGUGGAGAAGCCAAAGAUGACUUCUGGCGGAUGGUACAUCUGUCCUCUACACAUCUGCCGGAUGACCGUCCGCGCUAUGUCAUGGGCGUCGGGUUUGCGGUGGACCUUGUAGUGUGUGUCGCCCUGGGCGCGGACAUGUUUGACUGUGUGUUCCCUACCAGAACUGCUAGGUUCGGGUGUGCACUGGUGGACAGUGGACAGAUAAACCUGAAGCACAAGAAGUAUGAGGAAGAUUACCGGCCCAUACAGGAUGACUGUGACUGCAGCACCUGCAAGCAUUACACUCGCGCCUACCUGCAUUGUAUAGCUACAGCACUACCAGUGGCAUGCCACCUGCUGACCGUACACAACCUGUCGUACCAGAUGAGGCUUAUGAAAGGAAUGCGAGAGAGUAUAAAGGCUCAACGAUUCCCGGAGUAUGUACAAGGUUUCAUGAGCAAAAUGUACUCAGAUAGCAAGUAUCCAAAGUGGGUGACUGACGCUUUAGCUAAAGUGAACAUUCAUUUGACACCAAGUCCCAACAGAGAAAAUGUGACAGAAGUUCCAAAUAAAAAACCUUUAAAAGACUCUUGUAACACUUGUACAUAA